CUCUUGCGACGGAGAUUAUGAAGUUGAAAAGGAUUUUUGUCAAUGAUCUGUUGGAAGUAGAGAUGAUUGACGACAACGACCACCAGAGUCCUCCUCUUUCUACUAGAAUGCACCGAGUUCCGUACAGUUCUGCUGGUCCGAGUAACCGUCGUCUCCGUCACGGCCAUGGAAAGGUGGCCAUUGUAGACAAUAAUGGCCUUGAGCUCACUAUCACCAGCCUCAAGUAUUGUCAAAUUUGCUCUAGACUAGCAGAGAAAGGCAUCAAUGGACAUGAUGAUGAUGACUUACUAAAGCGCAAGACCUUUUGUGGUUUCUUUUCUUGCUCUCGUCCUUUGAGUUUGCAGCCAUUUGGACAGAGGACUGAACGUUCCUGUGAGCUGGCUGAGGCUGACGAAGCUUGUGAAUUGAUUCUACUCUAAUGAGUUUCCAGACCUUCCAUCAGAUGAACACCGAGGCAAUACUGGAUGAGUUUCAAGCUUUAUGAAUGGUGGUUCGAUUGCGCUCAUGUGUUCUCUAACAGCAACAUGGUGGUUAAAUCACCAGAAGAAAAAGCUAAAGAGGGCUUUGAUGGUUUUUGAGAUAGUCUGUGAGGAUCUUUUGGUUUUGUAUGAUGUCAUUGCAUUAUCGACCAAGUAUGUAAAGGAUCUUGGGAUGCUAUAGUUCAAUUAAUUAUGGAGUGUUGGGGUGAGAUUUGUUUCUCCACUUUUAUAAAUUUCUUUAAAUUUCUAUAAUAUUUUUCAAAAAUAAGAACUUCAUCAAGAGAUUUACCA